AUGUCAUUGGCAAGGUUACCGCCGAUAAAAUUUUCCCCAGAAAUCAAUGGAUACUUUCUGAAAUACUAUACUCAAUCAAAGUGGCAGAUCAUUUGUGAUGCGUUAUCUACUACACCGACCAUGUCAUUUAUGCGUAUCAUUUAUAACUCACGAGAAGAAGUACAACAAGUGGUCCAAAGCUUUGUAAAUGAGCAAUGUAAAGAUAAGCAAUGGCCGUUAACCAUGAAAGUUACUCAGCAUUCAAUUCUUCCUGACGUCCUAUGUAUCCCAGUAGAGGGUCCAUUCGACAUCAAGCAAUGCGAGAAACAAGUCGUAGUUGACAUUUUUGCUGGCACUGCCAUACUUCGCGGAGCCGAUAUUUUUGCACCAGGUGUAUUAGCCGUUCAAAGUGAUCCAGAAACUGAUGAAUACGAAUCUCUAAAUCUACAAGUCGAGAAGGGAGAACAAGUCUCGGUUAUGGUUGAUAUUGAUGGAAGCUGCAAACGCGGUUCUCUCAAAGAGUACAAAGGAUCCAAGAUCUUUAUUGGAAACGGCCGAAUGGAAAUGAGCCGCGCACAUAUAUUCCAAUCGAAUCCAUUAGAAUUAUCAGGCAUAGGCGUCACGAUGACUUUUCCACUAUAUCGUACUCCAUCCCUCUCGACAAAUCCUCGAUUGUCUUGUCUGGUGUUCUUACAGAAUCUGCCGAGCAUUCUGACAACGCAUUUGCUAUCUCCGCAACCGGGUGAUUUGGUAUUAGACAUGUGCGCAUCACCGGGUGGAAAGACAACUCAUAUUGCACGGUUGCUACAAAAUAAUGGCAUGGUCAUCGCGUUGGAUAGAUCA